AUGGCGAUUCCUGAAAAAUGUACCGUUCUCGUCAUUGGCGGUGGGCCAGCUGGCUCAUACGCAGCUUCAGCUUUGGCACGAGAGGGCAUCGACACCGUCCUCCUGGAGGCUGACAAAUUUCCACGAUACCAUAUUGGAGAGAGUAUGCUGGCGUCCAUGCGCCACUUCCUCAGGUUCAUCGAUGUGGACUCAGUUUUUGAUAGCUACGGGUUCACAAAGAAGGUUGGUGCAGCUUUCAAGCUCAACCCUAAAAAACGCGAAGGAUAUACCGAUUUCCUUGCUGCUGGUGGUCCCCAGAACUAUGCUUGGAAUGUGGUUCGCUCGGAGGCAGACCACCUGCUUUUCCAGCAUGCCGCCAAAAGCGGCGCAAAGACUUUUGACGGCGUCCAGGUUAAGUCCAUCAGGUUCGUUGAUGAGCCCUACAAGGGCCCUGGCGAACUGCCUCAUGACUAUCCUGGACGGCCUGUUUCAGCAAUCUACCUCCGAAAGGACGACAACACGUCUCACGAGAUCAAGUUUGACUACGUUGUCGAUGCCAGUGGACGUGUAGGGAUUCUUAGCACGAAACAUCUGAAGAACAGAAAGUACAACCAAGGCUUGAAGAAUGUCGCUACGUGGGGAUACUGGAAAGGAGCUGGCGCAUAUGGUGUCGGAACGCCAAGACAAAACUCACCCUUCUUUGAAGCGCUUCAAGAUGAGAGCGGCUGGGCGUGGCUGAUUCCCCUGCACAACGGAACAACGUCUGUGGGAAUCGUCAUGAAUCAGAAGAUGUCUGCCGAGCGGAAAUCUCAAGCCGGCUCUCCCGACUCAAAAACCUUCUACUUGGACAACCUUAAGCAACUCGCGCCAGAUCUAUCCAAGCUACUUGAGAACGCCGAGCUACUGACAGAUAUCAAGUCCGCAUCAGAUUACUCAUACAGCGCCUCGGGCUAUGCUAUUCCUUAUGCUCGAAUUGCAGGUGAUGCUGGUUGUUUCAUCGACCCGUACUUUUCUUCUGGCGUCCACCUCGCGUUCGUUGGUGGUCUAUCUGCAGCAACGACAAUUUCCGCAGCGAUCAAGGGCCAAGUCCCGGAGGAGGAGGCUGCCGAUUGGCACUCGAAGAAGGUUGCCGACAGUUAUAUUCGCUUCCUGCUGGUUGUAUUGAGCGCUUACAGGCAGAUUCGCAGCCAGGAAGAGGCUGUGCUGAGUGACUUUGAUGAAGAUAACUAUGAUCGCGCCUUUGCUUUCUUCCGACCAAUUAUUCAGGGAACUGCGGAUGUCGACACGAAGCUGUCCAAAGAGGAGCUCAAUAAGACUCUCGAGUUCUGCAGCAACGCCUUCGAGCCCGUCAAGCCAGAAGAUCGCUCGAGCAUGCUGGAGCAAAUGGGCAAGGAUCCCACCGCCGCGUACCAGGUCGACCUCUCUCCUGACCAGCGGACUGUCGUUGAUCACAUCCGUGCCAGACAAAUGAUGAGGACGGAGGAUACGAUGAACAUCAGCAGCUUUGGAUCGGACUCGAUUAACGGUUUUGUCCCCCACCUGAAGAGGGGUGACCUUGGUCUUAUGGCCAAGGCCUAA